AUGGGAGCAGUUUGUGCCACCCCAAUUUUCUUCAAUGCUGUUUUGGAAUCAAAUGAGCUUGACUCAAACUCGACUGAAAGUCUGUCUGUUUCACAAUCAUCGGAAAAUAGCACCUCAGAGCUUCAGAGCUCUGAAGAAAAUACCUCAAGUGAAAGUCCGAGUUCAGAGUCUGAAUCAGAAUCGGAAUCAGAAUCAGAAUCAGAAUCAGAAUCAGAAUCGGAAUCGGAAUCAACAGAAUCUGCAGACUCCCUGACUGAAACCAGAGAUAACAGCAUGGGCAGUGAGGAAAACGUUAGAAAGAGUUGGGUUCAAGUGUACACAAGCGUCAUCCAAGACCUGAGUGCAGAGGACAAUAGCAGCACAGAGGUCAAGGGUCAACCAGACCAGCUGGCUGAGAAACAGCCCAUUCACGUCCUCACCAGCGGCACUUUGAGACAGGGGACCAACGGAAACCUACCGCUGGUGGUCGAUCCCACCUACAGCAGCGACACCACCAGUGACAGUGCAGACACCAGCGAGGCUACUGCUGUCACCACCACUGCCAGCAGUGAGAGCACCAGCAGUGAGAGCAGUGAGAGCAGUGAGACCAGUGAGAGCAGUGACAGCAGUGACAGCAGCGAUGCCAGCAAGAGCUCGGAGGAGAGCGACGCCAGUGACAGCGCCGAGCUGGCACAAAUCAAAACCAGUGGCUGUGUGAACGGAACCCGGAGCUGUGAAAGUGAAGAGUACUUGUUCCAGGAUAUAGGAGACGAUGCUCACUACUCAGUGGACUCUCUGAUGAUGCCAGAUGAGGAUGAGAGGGAGUUUAGUCUAAGGAGAUGAUGGCAUGCAGUUGUGCAGCUCUGUAUUUUCCCCCACUGUGAACUACUGCACCAUUAAAUGACCUUCCUGAAGACUUCAGGAUGAUACAUUUUUCCUCUUGCCCAUUGCUUCUGAAUGUUGAUUUUGGCAUUCAAAUUUU